GAGAGAGAGCGUAUAUUAGGCUGGGGGAAGAAAAAGUUAUCAAGUAUCAGUGUGUAUCAGAGACACCGACUAAGAAGGAUGAGUGUAGACUGUAAGCGUGAGAGAAAAGGUGCAUGUCAGUAAGAGGGAAGGAGAGUGAGAGGGAGCGAGAGAGAUCAAGUGAGGUGGGGAGAGAGAGAGAGAGAGAGAGAGAGAGAGAGAGAGAGAGAGAGAGAGAGAGAGCAAAGAGGCAUUUAAUGUGUGAGGAGGAGAGGCAGGAGUAGGAUGAAGGCAGUGAAGGCUGAGCACCAGCAAAGCACCGAGAGAUAGGUGAGAGGAGGACGAGAGAGCGGGAAAGAGGGAGGAAGGGGAGGACUGUGGUGUCAGAAGUGGAUUCUCCUGCGAGCCCGCUGCUGUCUGAUCCAAUGAGUACUACGACCUGCUACACAAAGCCACUUGGAGAGGUGAGCGGCGGUUUGCUACAAAAGAAUUGACAGUGAUCAGACAGUGAUGCUGUGUAGCAGCCUCCCUCUCUGUCUGCACCCUCGUUCUCCCGUGAGGCACAUGUGACCUAGCCUACACCCACACGCAGGGGGCCCCCACUGCCGCUGGAGCCCACCCAUGAAUCCCAGCCCUGAUCGCGGCAAAGAGUGCCUCCCUCCCAAGAAGAGGGAGUCUCGGCAAGGAUCGACAGAACAUCACAUACCCGGGGAUGAGUUUAAACCCCCUGUGCCGCUCCGGAGUCGGCCCAGCGCAGGGCCAGGGGAGGCAGGCAGGGAGACCGGUGACAGGGACAAAGCACUUACAAACCCAAACCCUCAUUUCCUACACCUCUUUCCUCCAGGACAGGGCCUCCCUCUUCCCCCAUGGCACUUGAGCUACUCUUCCUCUGUCUCGCUGCCCCUUUCUCCAGGCCAGGUAGGAGAGAGGAGGAGCUCAGGAUCUCCCUCCUGGAGAGAUGAUCUUCUCUCCUCACCCCUCCCACACCAUUCGAGGUGGCUAAGAGGAGAGGGUACCCUCACCUUGCCACCUUCACCAUCUUCCUCUUCUCUUUCCUCCUUUAAGACACCUUUCCCAGCUGAUUCCAGAGAGAUGUGGUCCUAUAUUAACAGCAACCGACGGGACUGUAGCUCGUCUCUCUUCUCCCCACCGUACUUAUUUAGCCACUCCUCUCUCUACCCACCAGAUCCAAGUUAAUUAAGCAGAUACAGGUACCUAGGCAAGAGGCCCAAUGGCCUGGAUGGGCCAGGCAGCAGGACUGCCUCAACCUCCAGGCCUGUCCUCACUGGAGAAUAUGGGAAUGAUACCAGCAGAAGCCGGCUUGACGUCAGUCUGCUCAGUUCACACGCCAAUGGAGGAAGGAGACAGCAGGAGGAUGUAACGCCCCGUGUCCUGUCUGGAGGGACAUUUUUGUCAGACUCUCAAGCUCAGGAGUGCCCCGAGCCACAUUCCUCACACCAGGACAGACAUCCACAUGGGAUAGGUAAGAUCAGGUCCAAUUUAAUCUCUGCCAGUUCCCAUCCCCUUGUACCUGACCCCAGGGCUGGGAGAGGGGGACUACUAGACCCAGUAGGGGUGCCUCCAGUUGAGGCCCAAAUCUAUUACUCUUUAGGAUCAGGAUGCCACCCCAGCUCUCAGGCCCAGGUGUACCCACUAUACAGUCCCUCAGGAAUGCCUCUGUACAACCUGCAGCGGGAGCCGGGACACAGGCAACCCAACCUUGGGAAUUCAACACACUCUCUUCUGGACCUGCCUAACAGCCAUGACAGCUUGAGAAGAGACCAAGAACAAGACAAAGUCACAGAACGAAGCAAGAUAGCAAAUAAAAUCAAAGAGAAGCACCUACAACAUGAUAAAAACCAAGAGAGAGAUCAUGAACAAGAGAGUCAGAGAGACAGAGACAGAGGGAGAGACAGAGACUCGUCUCCAGGACAGUAUUCCCGUCUUCACACCUCACCCCCUGUUCUUCACCAGUCUCCCCCUGCACUCCUACCUCACUUCACAAAGGGUUCUCUGAUUGAGCUAGCCAACGGGCGGUUGAAGCGGGUGGAGGAGCUGCGGACUGACGACUUCUUAAGGAGUGCAGACACCUCCCCUGAGUUCCAACUCAGCACCUGCACUGUGCUGCUUAUUGCACCAAGUAAUGUUCAAGGCUUCAGCCACCUGCAAGUCCACCUCACAGACCGCAACACUCAGGAGUUACUGAAGGUCUUGAUGGAGUAUCCUUUUUUUGUGUGGGAUCGGGGUUGGUCUUCUUGCUGUCCCCAGAGAACCACACGGUUAUAUGGCCUGCCCUGCCGCCAGCUGACUGAGGGGGACGUCUGUCUGGCUCUCACUCCAACACCCGCGCAAACCUUUCGGACACAUGUACGUACUGGCACAAGAACCCAUCGCACACAAGUCCCCUCCAGGGCUACAGGAGAGUCCGGCAACUCUCGCAGAGAGGAGAUGCCGCCUCCACCCCCUCCCCCUCCUCUUCCCCACCACCCACCUCCUACGCCACCAGUACCUCCACAUGUCGUGGCUGCAGAACCUCCAGCUCAGGAGCAACAGCGUCCACGUAAACGCCGUUGGUCGGCCCCAGACACCCUUCCCGCAACCAGAACUGACGAAAGCUUCUCAGAUUUACCUCAUGGCUCCAAGCUGAUGAAGCGGCAGUAGAAAGUUGCACAUGCAUUUUAUGUACACACACACACACACACACACACACACACACACACACACACACACACACAUGCAGAAGCACAUACACACCCUCCUUGUCUCUGUUGCACCCAUUAAGACAGAGUCCUCAAGGCUGGGUUGCAGGGAAGGAAAAAAAAGAAAACGCAAAUUACGGGUGUUCACACUGCUGCCCAAAGUAUGAACCCAGAAGACCACUCUACACCUUCUUUUACCUUCCUUUCCCUUCCCUCUCCUCCACUUCACCCAGCACAGCCCUUAAAGGAGCAGCAGAUGGACGUGUGAACAGCUCCUCCUCAGAGACACACUGAAGACAUUUAGUGAGACAAUCAAUCACUCGUCCGUUCACUCUGUUUUUGUAACGGUUGUCCCACACACCUACUCACUAACAGUGUUUCCUGCAGGGUUUAGAUUUUCAAUCAGUGUUACGAAAGUAAAAUGCUAUUGAAGAAGUGCAGAUAUAUGAAACAAAAUCGACUAUAUAAUAUAUAUAUAUAUAUAUUACAUUGCAGAUGUUAUAUACAGUAAAUAUGCUAAACAGACUUCAUGCAAACUUUUUUUUUUUUGCAAUUCAUUUACGUUCUUUGAUUUUCUCGCUCCGGAGCUGACGCGCGUGUGUGUCGGUCCCGAGCAGGGAAAUUGAAUGUAUUAGCAACCCCUUCGCCUUUUUUUAAUUCUCAUCACUGGGAGUCAUUUCAAAUAAUUGUUCUUCAAGGCAUUACCCUCCAAUAUGUUCUUAAAAUUAUCUUUGAGAAAGGGAGAACACUAAUGAAAACUACGUAACAGACAAUCCCGCCCACACAGACAAAUCUGUGCCACGUCGCCUCGACACUCGUGGUGUUUUUCCAUUAAAAACUCAACAAUGAAAAAGAAUGCAAAAUGCAGCAUAUAGCUGAAGAGUAGUUGUGCUAACACAUUGGAACAUGAUGCUUUGUGAAUACUUGACCCCUGUGUACUGUACGCUUUCAUUCUCAUCUCAUAUUUUUAUGUACUGUAUAUGUUUGAAGGCAGGGAAUAUGAUGAAAGUAUUUUAAACUCAGAUACGGGUAUCUCCUCUGAUUCAGCACACUCUCUCACUUUAGUUUUUGUGUGUGUGUUUUCUUGUUUUUAUAUUAAUUUACAAAAAAAGAAACCUUAUCUGUUGAUUUUUCUUUGUAAAUGUUACAGCUAAAAAAAUGUAUAUUUUUAAAAUUGUGACUCUGUUAUAUGAUGUUCGCUAGAAAUAAAGGGAAAAAAAGCUUUA